AUGAGCCGCCAGUUGUCUUGUAGGUCUCGUGGAGGAGGCGGAGGGGGAGGAGGAGGAGGAGGAAGCUGGAAUUUCAGGGGCCGAGGCUUCAGUGCAGGCUCUGCAGUGGUCAGUGGGAGCCGAAGAUCGGCCAGCACUUCCUCCUGCUUGAUGCGCCAUGGUGGAGGUGGUGGAGGUGCUAGCAGCCAGAGUCUUAUCGGCCUUGGAGGCAGCAGGAGCAUCUCCAUCAGUGUGGCUGGAAGGGGCAGUGGUUUUUAUGGCCGAGGUAGUGGCUUUGGUGGAGGCAGCAGCUUUGGAGGAGGCGGCUUUGGCGGUGGCGGCUUUGGCAGUGGCGGCUUUGGCGGAGCCGGUGGUUUUGGCAGAGGAGGCGGUUUUGGCGGAGGAGGCUUCGGAGGAGGUGGCUUUGGAGGAGGUGGCUUUGGAGGAGGCCGCUUUGGGCCAGGUGGUGGUUUUGGUGGCCCUGGUGGAUCUGGUGGCUUUGGUCCUGGAGGAUACCCAGGCGGUGGCAUCCAUGAAGUUUCUAUCAACCAAAGCCUCCUGGAGCCUCUCAAUGUAAAAAUUGACCCAGAGUUCCAGAAUAUCAAAUCAGAGGAACGGGAACAGAUCAAGAAACUCAACAACAAAUUUGCUACCUUCAUCGACAAGGUACGUUUCCUGGAGCAGCAGAACCAGGUGUUGACAACCAAAUGGGAGAUGCUCCAACAAAUCGACGUCCGUACCCGCUCACCGAACUUAGAGCCCUUAUUUGAGAUGUACAUCAGCAGCUUGAAGCAGAGGGUAGACGCUCUCACGGCAGAGAAAACAAAGCAAGAUUCAGAACUGAACAACAUGCAGGAUCUUGUUGAGGAUUUUAGGAAAAAGUAUGAGGAAGAGAUCAACAAACGUACUUCCUGUGAGAAUGACUUUGUGACAAUCAAGAAGGAUGUGGACAGUGCCUACAUGAAAAAGGUAGACCUGGAGACCCAGGUGAAUGAGUUGAGAGAAGAAGUUGACUUCCUGCGGGUCUUAUAUGAAACGGAGCUGUCUCAGAUGCAACAAUCUGUUACUGAUACCAAUGUGAUCCUGUCCAUGGACAACAACCGCAGCCUGGACCUGGAAAGCAUCAUCAAGGAUGUCCAAUCCCAGUAUGAAGAGAUUGCAAAGAGGAGCAAGACAGAGGCUGAGGCCCUUUAUCACAGCAAAUAUGAGGAGCUCCAAAUCACUGCAGGCAAACAUGGAGAGAGCCUGAAGGAAGUCAAGAUGGAGAUCAGUGAGCUGAAUCGCAUGAUCCAGAGACUUCAGGGAGAAAUUGCCCAUGUGAAAAAGCAGUGUAGUGCCAUUCAAGACUCCAUCAGUGAUGCAGAGCAACGGGGGGAACAUGCUCUCAAAGAUGCCAAGCACAAGAUGGAAGAGCUGGAGGAAGCUCUCCAGCAGACCAAGGAGGAGCUGGUCCGCCUGCUGCGGGACUACCAGGAGCUGAUGAAUGUUAAAAUAGCCCUGGACUUGGAGAUUACCACAUACAAGAAGCUGCUGGAGGGAGAGGAGGAUAGAAUCUCUGGAGAAGUUCCCAGCAAUGUGUCUAUAUCUAUAAGUAGCAGCACUAUCUCAUCCAGUGUGGCAUCCAAGGCUGGCUUCACAGGUUCUGGAGGAGGAGGAGGAGGACAUGGUUCUGGAGGCAGGGGAUCCAGUUUUGGAGGAGGCUAUGGCUCUGGAGGCAGGGGAUCUGGGUCUGGAGGAGGAGGAGGAGGCUAUGGCUCUGGAGGCAGGGGAUCUGGGUCUGGAGGCAGUAGCUAUGGCUCUGGAGGAGGAGGCUCUGGCUCUGGAGGCAGGGGAUCUGGGUCUGGAGGAGGAGGAGGAGGAUAUGGCUCUGGAGGCAGGGGAUCUGGGUCUGGAGGCAGUGGCUAUGGCUCUGGAGGCAGGGGAUCUGGGUCUGGAGGAGGAGGAGGAGGAGGAUAUGGCUCUGGAGGCAGGGGAUCUGGGUCUGGAGGAGGAGGAGGUGGCAGCUAUGGCUCUGGAGGAGGCAGUUCUGGCAGUAGAGGAGGAGGGGGCAGCUAUGGCUCUGGAGGUCGAGGUUCCAGUUCUGGGGGUCAAGGUUCGGGCUCAGGAGGUGGAGGAUGUGGCUCCACAGAAGGGUCUGGAGGAGGCCCAAGAGAAGAGUACUCAAGUGUGUUAUUCUCAGACAGAUAA